AUGUACGUCAAAUAUCGGAGAGUGAACUUAUCUGCAUUUAGAGUUCACGCAUUUUCCAUUGAAUAUCGAUUUAGAAAUGUCUUCGUUUUCCGAUGUGAUAUUUUUGAAUCGGACGUAAAUGUGAAUUUCCCUGGUUUUCAAAGUCGGAAGAUCCUCUCGGCCUCGAUUACGAGUCACUCUCCCUCCUACCCGGUCUCUCCAAUAUCUCCAUUUUGUUUGUGUUUCUCCGGCAGAACGCGCAGAAGAACGGAACGUAACUUUUAUUCCGCUCUGAAAUCACGUUGCCUCGCAAGAAUUUCUUUUCGGUGUAUAUCAGGUAGUUCCUCAGUACGGCGAGAAAAUCGAUAUUAUGUCUCACGGAGGUAGAAACGAGUGUAGAAUAUACGUGGGAAAUUUGCCACCCGACAUCCGUACGAAGGACAUCCAAGAUCUUUUCUACAAGUUCGGUAAAGUUACUUUCGUUGACUUGAAAAAUCGCCGCGGGCCGCCCUUCGCUUUCGUUGAAUUUGACGAUCCAAGAGAUGCGGAAGAUGCGGUACACGCGAGAGAUGGUUAUGACUACGACGGUUAUAGAUUAAGAGUUGAGUUUCCACGAGGUGGAGGCCCCAGUAAUAAUUUUCGGGGUGGACGCGGAGCUGGGGACAGCGGGAGAGGUGGCCGCGGUGAAAUGAGCAACUCUCGCGGUCGUGGUCCUCCAGCACGACGAUCACAAUAUAGAGUAUUGGUAAGCGGUUUGCCACCGACUGGAAGCUGGCAAGACCUUAAAGAUCACAUGCGCGAAGCUGGUGACGUAUGCUUCGCAGACGUUUAUAAAGAUGGUACUGGUGUCGUUGAGUUUCUGCGGCAUGAUGACAUGAAGUAUGCUGUGAAGAAGUUAGAUGAUUCACGAUUUAGAUCGCAUGAGGGUGAAGUAGCUUACAUUCGUGUCAAGGAAGAUCAUAAUGGUGGCGAUAGAGGACGCAGCGAAGACAGAGAAAGAGGCCGUAGCCGUUCUCGUAGCUACAGCCCGCGACGUCGUGGCUCUCCUACUUACUCGCCGUUGCGGCGUAAUUAUUCGCGAUCAAGAUCUCGCUCCAGAUCUCGCUCAUACGACUAGUGUGUACGUAUGUGUUUCACAUGAUAACAUAAGUACAGGUUUAUAUUGCCAUUUGCCCCUUUACCACGUUUCAUUAUUGCUGAUUUCAAUUCUACUUGAUGAGAAAUUUUUUUUACAAUCCAAGAUCAUAGACUUUGUAAAAAAAUUCAAAUUGUUUCUUUACAUUGUUUAAAUUAAUUUUCAUUGUAUUUGAUAUAUAGUUAGAGAGAAGCACUUGUGGCAUAUAUAUAUAUAUAUGUAUAUAUAUGUAUAUAUGUAUGUAUGCUAUAGUUAUUCUUCACGUUUUUGUUUUUAAAGUAACUAUAUCUAUCAUUUGGCUUAUAACCAAGUUAAUGGUUUCACUUUUUAGUCAUUAAUAAAAAUUUUGUAACAUUGAAUUUUUAAAGCUGAUUGCCUAAUACAAUAAUUCUAUUGAAUUUUAUUAUUCUUCGAAAAAAUAUCAUACUUGUGAACGCUUGUGACUGUUUAUUUUAUCCAAACUGUUAGAAUUAUUCUUCUACAUUUAAAAAUACAUUCCUCCACAUAUUUGCCAAUUUGUUUUGUCAUCACUACCACUUGUAAAAUGUGUAACAAUUUUGAAGUAUUAUUAAUGAGAUUUUUGGCAAAAUACUAGAUUUCAAGCUUUAAUGUAUCUAUCAAUCCAUUUUGGCUUGGCUGUAAUAUAAGCACUAAUAUCAUUGACAUCUAUUGUGAAUAUUUUUCAUUGACAAUAAUAUAUUCUGAUUCACUUUCUACUAAGAGAUAUGAUACAAAAUGGUGAUCCUGAAUGAUCGCAUUGAAAUCAGCGUUUCCUGUAAAUAUCUUGGUUUAUUUGAGUCUAUAUUUAGAUACAAAACUCGAAAUUUUACAUAGUGAAACAUUAUAUUUUAAAACUUGCCUAACAAAGAUUUUUUUAUUAUAAGCUA